CCUCAUCACCUCAACCCCCUGUCCCUCGCCCUCCUUCCGCAUACAACAGCACUGCUCGACGCAGCGUCUCUCUUUUCCACCUCCAUCGCCACAUCCACUCCACCCCGACGCCCUUGAAGGACCGCCGCACCUCCCAUCUCACUCUCACUUCACUCCUCACGACCCACAUCCACCCUCACACUCCCUGCACACCAUGAAGUUCUCUGCCCUCGUCUCGCUCGCCGUCGUGGCCAUGGGCGCCUCCAGCGCCCUCGGCUCGCUCUACGACGCCGACGCACUGCCCAACGGCGUCGCCCUGCCGCGCCGCUCGCGCCACCCGCUCAGCGAGCAGCGCCGCCGCGCCCUCGUCGACACGUACUACGCGCAGCACCCCGAGGAGGCGCGCCGCGACCUCGCUGACGCCGACGCCGACGCCGAGAUCGAGAAGCGCGGCAGCACCAAGAGCUGCAAGGCAAAGACGAACAAGUCAAAGAACAAGAAGUCGCAGGCGGCCAAGAAGGCGGCGGAGCAGGCCUCCGCCAAGACUGACACCAAGGCCGUCAAGAAGCAGAAGACCGAGCACAAGACGGAGCAGAAGUCGCAGAAGACCGAGGAGAAGUCGACCUCGUCGUCGUCGUCGUCGAACAACGACGCGUCGGGCAGCAAGGGCCUCUUCGGCAUGCGCUUCGCCGGCCAGUGCACCGACCCGGGCGCGUCGGACGAGUACCCCAACGGCAACAUCAACUUCCUCAACUGCGGCGUCUCGAAGCAGAACCCCAACUCCAAGUGGAAGGCGCCCAACGUCAAGCUCAGCGACCUGCGCGUCAUCUCCGCCCACCAGGCCGCCCAGUCGGCGACGUUCAAGCCGUGCGCCAAGUACGAGGGCGCCUUCAGCGCCGCCGAGAAGGCCACGGGCGUGCCGGCCGUGCUGCUCAUGUCGUUUGCGAUGCAGGAGAGCACGUGCAACCCGUCGGUGACGGGCGGCAACGGCGAGAUCGGCAUGAUGCAGCUCACGCCCGACAAGUGCGGCGGCAUCAACUGCUGGGACGCGGCGACGAACAUCAUGACGGGCGCCAAGUACUUCAAGACGGAGUACGACAACCGCGGACAGAACGUGCUCGCCGCCGCCGGCGCCUACAACGGCUGGCAGGACGGGCAGCUGAGCUACAACUCGGCGACGAACAAGCAGUGGGGCUGCAACGCGCAGAACAACCUCGACUACCUCAACCAGCUCUUCAACGGCUGGUGCCAGGGCAAGACGGGCUACGACCUCAAGGUGUACAACAACCUCGGCUCGUGCUGAGCGUCUCGUCGCCGCCGUCUCGUGUUCUGUCCGCGCAUGAUGCUGUGCAUCUGCAGUCGCCGCCCGCCGCUUCGUCCUUCUCGUGCCUCGCCGGACCGUUCUCUCUUCCUAUUGUCCCGACGCCCUGCGCUCGGCUGUGCCGAGCUGCUCGUCUCGCUCUCUCUCGACCCGACCGCAUACACUCAUGACCCCUCUCUCCGCACACACUCCACCACCUCCCGCAAUACGACCUGGACCGCGCCGCGCGUUGAUCGCUGCGGCGCGUCGCGUUGCACACACAUUGCGUCUGACUGCGUGAUAGCAUUACACGCCGUACGAGCGCACCGGGCUGUAGCGGAACGCCUUGUCGUGCUUCUGCGGGAUGGUGCAGACGGCGCGCGUCUGCAGGUUGACCGACUCGUAGUCGAGC